GUAAUAAAAUUUAUUGACAGUAAAAAAAUGUAGAAAUAGCGUCAUAUAAAAGAGUUUGGUAAAAAUAUGCAAUGUGUCGAUCAUGUUAUAUUAUUUACUGUUUCAUAUUUUUGAACUGUUUAUUUUUAACAAAUGGAGAAAACGAUACAAAUACCACAAUAUGUGCAUACAAUUUAAAAGUCAAUGACAUAGCAUCAACUUUAAUAACUCUUCUUGGAGACCACAACAGCAGUAAAAUACAAGAAUUACAACAAAAAUUAGAUAAGAUAGAAAACUAUGUUAUAGAUAAAGAUAAGUAUGCUGAAUUUUUAUUAAAUGAAACGAUGAAAACAGAUCUAAACGAAACAAAUUUUUUCAAUUCUUUAAAUGAGUCUGAUCAUUUUCAAUUUCUUUUGGAAGCAAAGCCCAAAAACUUGUACCUUAAAUUAAAAGAAAAAAUGAAUAGAGACGAUAUUAUUAAUAUUUUAUCUGAAAGCAGUAAAAAAAACAGUUUAUCAAGAUCAGCAAGAAAAAUGAUGAAAAGCAUAUCUAAGAAAGAAGAUAUUGAUGAUGACGUUGUAAAUACUAUAGUGGACAAAUUGAUUGCACAAGUGCCCAAAGAUGAUCAUAAAUUUGAGUUUAGGAAAGAUGAUAAUAAGUAUUGGGACCCUCAAGGAGAACUUGAAGACUUAAAAGAAUUUCAUAGACAUGAUGGACGAAGAAUAUACAAAGGAGAGAGGACGACGGUUACCUACUACCCAUUUAUGGUGUCUGUUCACGUAAUGGGAAGAUUUUGGUGCGGAGGAGUAAUUUAUUGGCACGAUUUAGUCAUUACUUCGGCAGCUUGUUUGCAACUGAUGCAUAAUAACCGGUUUUUCCGUGAAAACCCAAGUGUACUACGUAUCAGAGUAGGUAGUAAUCACAGCAGGAUUGGUGGAGACAUGGUAGAGGCACUUGAGGUAUAUUUUCAUCCCAGCUACAAUCCACGAACUCUUCGCAAUAAUAUAGCAGUCGUGCGUCUUCGUCGUCAUCUAUAUUUUAACUAUCAUCGGCUGCCAAAAAUCAUCGAUAUAUCUCACAAUAGCUUCGGCAUUGCACCUACAUCCGAAGUUCUGGUUCUGGGUUGGGGUGUUACGAAGUUGUCACAAAAGUUGUCAUACGAACCAGUGUUUUUAAAUCGAAAAUUUCUCCCAGUUUAUCCAAAUGUUUUUUGCAAGGAGGUGUAUGGGGAUAAAUUUAUAUCCUCUACCAUGUUUUGCGCGGGAACGUUUACUACGGGAGAAGGAGCAUGUGACCAUGACGCCGGUGGUCCGGCAGUGUUGGCCGGUAGACUGGUCGGGAUCAUAUCGUUCGGGCCAGCCGUGUGCGGGUACCCUAACGCUCCCACCGUGUUCACUUUAGUCGGCGCAUAUGCUGAUUGGAUUGAAACUGUCAACGAAUCGAUGCCUGCCUACUACCGCGGUAGAAAACGCACGACAACAGCGGGGCCGUACCAAUACCUUACAAGACACACAUUUAAAAAGCGAAAACUCACUUACUUACCCGAGUUCACAUACUCCGAGACAACGACAACUACAACAACUACAACACAAGCUACGACAACUCCCACAGCAGCCACUACAAAGCCAUCUUUCAGACAGAGGAAGAAAUUGAAAAAGGCCGACGAUUCUGACAUGGAUGGAUUUAGUAUCGAUUUCAAAUAAAACAUUUUUGAAAACAAUAGAAACGAUUUUUCCUCUGGCACCUCGAACACUAGGUGGCGAAGAUCAUGAUCACUAUUCACACUUGAAUUUUACAAU